AUACACAUACAUGUCUACACACGCAUACCGUCCAACCGCCAAAGUGCCAUCAAGGUGCGUCGAGCCGAUAUGCUGAAUGAGACCGAUGUUAUGACCGGUGAGAUUUCUGACAGCUGACAGCGAAACGACUUGCUGACGAUGCCAGGCGACGCGCCACCCUGACCCUGAGCGUGACACGAACAAAUAGACAUGCAAGGCAUCUGCGAGAACAUUCGUACGGCGAUUGAACACGGACGUACUGACAUUAUCAGGUCGCUCUUGGAUGCGUGUGAAAAUGGUAAUGCAACAGAGGGUAUUACAAGAGAUAAGAUACUGAAUCAACCAGUUCUGGAAGAAGGAACUUUUUUGUCCUAUGCCUCCAAGGCCAAUCAAGCUGACAUUGUGCGAACUCUGUUAAACUGCGGUGCUGAUCCAGCUGUGCAAAAUGCAAAUGGACACAAUGCAGUAGAUGUCGCAGCAAGUGAUGCAAUACGACGUAUUUAUAUAGAGGAACUAUUGAGGGCAACAGCUGCUUCAGAAGUAGACAGAGUGGUACAAUUGUUAGAUGCAGGAUUAGACGUUAAUUCAUGGGAUUCACAAGGUAGCAAGAACACGCCGUUACAUUGGGCAGCAUGUUACGGAAACAAGGACAUUGUCGCGUGUUUACUCGAUAAGGGAGCUGAUGUAAACGCCGAGAAUGGUUGUGGCGCGACUCCGUUGCACGAUGCAGUGAAUCGCGGCGACAUCGCUAUUUGCCAGGAGUUGCUGCAGGCUGGCGCGAAUCCUCUAGUACGAGCUACCAAAGGAACGUUCACGGGAAAGGCGCCAUAUGAUCUGUCCAGGAAGAAGCAAUCCCUACACUGUUUCCUUCAAAGAUUUAUGUCGAACUUUAUGUUAAACGAAAACGAAACUAUGCACAGCCCCACCACCACUCUGCCCUCGUUCGCAGAGGGAAACUUUUGCCAGAAGAAUCUCUCGAACAAUAUGAGUCAACUCUCGAUCGAGUCUAAUAAAUCCUCGGAUCCGGUGUACGAUGUGCCUUUGCGCGACGUGGGCAAGGAGAGUCCUAACAAAUCCAUCGCCGACAAAGGGAGUAUCUACAGUUUACUGUGGCCGCAACCGAAGGUUGUGAUAGAACUAAAAAACUUCACAGCUCCAUUCAUCGCUGGAAAGGAGCUUUUUAUAUCAAUAAUACAGGGCAGCGAGUCUGUGCACAGAAUAUUGGACGUAUGGGAGAUCAGUAGAACUCACCUGCUGGAGUUGGGUCAUGAUGUGAAGAUCGGUGAAGUGCAGCCCAGUUGCGGCAAACUGCUCAACGACAACACGAUCGAGUGUAUCGUGAACGGAAAUCUAUUCAACGUCGCAGAUGGCUAUCAGCUACACAUCUCGCAGAACUCCAUUAAAGUGAGCGCCGGCAGUCUAGCAGGGCUGCAUUACGCGGUUUGCACUUUCGUGCAGAUCCUACGGUUGAGUAAGAAUCAGAGCAGAUCGGAAGUGUGCGAGAUAGAGCCAGUGUUCAUCAAGGACGAACCGAGGUUCACUCAUCGCGGUGUGCUGUUGGACAUCUCACCCAGAGGACGCAUACCAACCUUGGAGUAUCUGCUGCAUACCAUCGACCUGUUGUCAUCAUUCAAAAUCUCGCAUUUGCAUCUUUACUCCAGGCUGAUACCAAACUGUGACUGGCAGCUUUGCUACUCCAAAUCCGAGAUGGUCACCUUGGACAGAUAUUGCAGAGAUCGUCAUCUAGACAUAGUUCCCACUUUAGACGUCGAGUCUAAUGUCGGCCAGCAUCACUUGACGCAAAUGUGGCCUAUAUUUCAAGAAUUACUCGCAGUAUUCCCCGGCUUAAGCUAUGUUCACGUGGGCCCGCGACUAGCUAGUCUCUUAGUGCAGGCUGACAGUUUCGAUUUGAACGUGUCAAUCAACGAGACGAUCGAAACGGACAUGUCAGAAGUAUUCAAAUCUUAUUCCUGUCUUCAAGAACUUUGGCACAUUCUCAAUCUGAGCUCAAGCACGACUUUAAUGUUAUGUUCCAACGGUUUACAUUCCAAACCGGAGUUCCACAAUAUUCCCACCAACAUCAUACUCGUCGAGUAUGGGUUUCAGGCUGAUUACGAUUUCUCUGAGUGGACAGAAGCAUUCAGGAUAGCGGGCGGAAACGUUUUACCGAGUUCCGGCACAGCCAGUUACAAUAGUUUGGCGGGAUGUCCAGCUUCGACAUAUGCCAACACACGAAAUGCGAUAAAAACUUCUUUAGAGCAGAAUUCGGUCGGUAUUGUUGUCGCACACUGGUCAGGUAGCCAUCAUCUUACGCCGCAUCCCUUUGCAUGGAUCGGUUAUCUUAUAGCAGCAGGCUUAGCUUGGAACCCGAUAACGGAGAUAGACUUGGGUCCAGACGACAUUUACGAUAUCCCCGAAUUAUCUGCAUCAGUUAGAGAAAAAUGUAUCACGAAAUUACUGGACGUACACGUGUUUCAAGACUCUGAAUAUAAAAUUGGUAGCGCAAUAUUGGAACUAGGACGUCUAGAUACUUUAGUACUGACGCUGAGCAAGAAUCAAGCGGUCAAGGAUUUGCAACAAAUCCCUGAUAAUCGCGGCUCUACCUUAUACAGAUUAUUGACCGACCCUGAUAAUGUAAAUCUCGAGUAUCUUUCGGCCGAUCUGUUUGCUAAAAUGACGAAACAAGUCAAACGAAUAUCCCAUUCUUUGUACGAAGCAAAUCUCUCGUCGAAGUUCGCGUCGAUGGAGAUACAGGAACUGCAAUUAACUUCCGACCUGAUGCUAACGGCUUGCAAAAUCGGCCGGACGUUGAUCGGAGUCGGCGUGAAUCCUAACAGCAACAUGGGACUGGCGGUUAUCAAUCUGGGAGUAUGCAAUCUGCCACCGACUUUCAGAACGGACAUAGCAAAUAAAAUGUUAGCUCACAUCGAGCAGUAUAAAGGUUCCUGGUUGCAAAGGCAUCUGCCACAGGGCCUUCAGAGCUCAUUGCUAGUUUUGACAAGUGCAUUACACAGAUUCGUGCCAGAAACAUAAGUCUUUUUUUAAAGACACAUUUGUAUUGAACAUCUCGGUGAGUGCGAAUGUCUGCGGCAGGACAUUAUAAAAGCUAGAGUCCAAAAGAAAUUUUUUUGGGGUAUCUUUUGGUCCUUUGUAUCAUUUGGGAUGUUAGUCGAUAAAAGUUCCAAUAAAAGACUGCAACGUGCAAGUAUACACAAGUAGAUGAAACAUAUUACAUACAGAAUCCCACGCAGAUGAAUUCGCAGAGCGACUGCACGGAGAGCAAUAUAACACUUGUACCUUUAUAUGAUUAUGUACCGAAUUAUACUGUUGUAUAUUCACACUGUGCAAUAUCGUUUCCCCGAUAUCUGCCAGAAAGAAUUUACUCGAAGGGGUCAGCGGCUUUGUUGAGAAAAUAUAAUUUUGUUCACACCGAGAAAUUGCAAUUAUAUAUGUUCAUUUUAUUAAAUACAAAAAAAUUUAUUGAUUA